ACAUGGCCAUUGCUUUUCGUGUUUCCACCAGCUCACCUUAUUCAACCGUGACAACACCGACGCGUCUGUGAGUCUGCGGCUGUGGUUUAAAUUGUGAGCCGUUUGACUGGUUCCUGUACCGUGUCUCUUCCUCGAGAGGACGUCUGUUCCCUUGCUUUCUCGCUGCAGCCACCGUAUUGUUCGGCUUAACGUCAACGAGUUGAUUAGUGCUCCAUUCUUCUCCGCCAAACUUGAAAAUGGAAGCAGCAUCUCCAGUCAAGCGUCGCGUCCUGGGCGCCCUGGACCCAAACGCGUCCUCGCCAAAGGUCCGCCACGACCUGAAGCAGCAGCGCCCAGCACAAAGUCCGAUCAAGACGAGACCCGCAAGUACCGCUGCAGGGCUGACUCGUGCACUUACACGCACGCCGGAGCCAGACUCCCCUACACGGAAACGGCCGUCGAUGGCUCCCGGCGCCCAUAGCAGUACCGAGGAGCCGCCUCUCAAGCGACCAUGUCUCGGUAGUGACGGCAGCAGGGUGAACGCGGGUGAAACCGGGCAGUCGGAACUCGACCCUGAUACCGAUUUACCCCGGAUCACAGUUCGACCCUCUCCGAGCAGAGGCAGAAGCAUAGACAGAUCUAAUCGCACCCCCUCGCCCUCUAUCGCUUCCACAGCCUCCAUCACAGGCUCUCCAUCAGUCUUUGACACCUCCACGGCAGCAAACGACACGACCCUGACCGAGUCGGAUCACGACAAUAGCCAGAGCUCGGUCCUGCCACUUCCUGUUCCCACCGCUCCUGCCACAGCCCCAGUGUCACAGAUAUCGCAGAGACAAAUACCACCAACGACGGCGGCGACAGGAACUAGAAGUACCGCAUCCUCGCGCUUUACGCUUGAACAGGCCCGCGAGAAGGCAGAGAUCCUCCGCCUCCGUCUCGAACUAGCCAGUUACAAAGUCCGCACCAACCAGACCGACGUUCCGCUUGACGAGCUGCAGGUGAGACCGGUUCCUGUCUCGGGAAGGUCGUUUUCCUCGGGGUCAUACGGCAGGAGUGUCGGGGCUAGUAGUCGGAGGAGGCCCUUGCCUAGUUCGCCGCCUGCCAGAAGGACGCCUAGCAUCGAGGCGAGGGGGCCCGCUGCGUUGUUGUCGUCUGUGGGGCCAGUUGAGAGUGGGACUGGGAGGGUACUUGCGGGGGGACUGGAGGAAAAGCAGCUACAGGGGAAGGAUGAGGGGUGUGAUAGAAGGGAGAGUGGUUCGGCGGGGACCGAGCUUUCUGAGCUAUCCCGGGAACCUUCCGUCUGCGCUGACACUAAGGCAGUAACGGGGGGACAGAGUGCUGUAGAUGAUGAAGGGCAUGAGGGAGACCUCGCGAGUGAUGGGGCAGCGAGCGGGUUACUUAGCUUGGCCAGGGGCUAGAUCCUCCGAGUCAGCAGUUUGAGGGCGAAAGGCUUGUCAGUGUGGCCGUAGUAUCGACACUCAUGAAGGGUAGUGUUGGGAAAAAGAGUUCGGAUGAAUCGCAUUGCAAUGUGCAGACGACUUGCAAUGGUAUUCCUGGCAGAUUCCCUUUUGGUAUGCGAGUUUCAAUGUUUGAGAAAUCCU